AUGGCAAUCGACAUGGACGUCGAGAUCGACAACCUCACGGUUAUCCUGCUCAUGGUCCUUGCGGUCCUUGCGCUCUACCACCGCUUCUUUGGCUACGCGCCCGACGUACCUCCUCUCCUCCUCGGUCGCCAGGCGGAGCUCAGCCCCGUCCGCCAGCCCGGCGAGACUGCCGUGUACCGCUCGUGGGCCACUGGACAUGGCACUCCUCUCCAGGUCAGGCCAUCUGGUGCGGUGAAGACUGUCGGUGACACCUUGAAUGCCACUCAACAAACCCGUUCCUCCCAUCACGCAGAGCUCACGAACGAGGCUCUCACUGAGAUCGUCCGUCUCGUCCCUCUUGGUCUCAAGGCGCUCUUCUCCGAGCAGAUGGGAACCGUCGACUCGCCCAAGUCGAUCGUGACCCUUCUCCCUCCUUCGCCUUCCACCUCGCUUCCUCUCCUGCUUCUUUCUCUCGCCUCGCAAAAGUCCAACCCUCUCGUCGUCCUGCCUUCGCGCUCCCUUCUUCCGGCUGCCCUCGAGUCCAAGGAUCACCCGGCUCCUGGUCUCCUCGUGCUGCACGAGAGCGCCUUGACAGACGCUGUUGACCUCGACUUCCAGGACCUCAAUGGCGCCGGUAUCCUCCUUGUCGGGGACCCCAACCGCCGCCGUGCAGGCCCCGUUGCGGACGCUAUCAGGCAUGGUGUCAACGUCAAGUGGUGGGAGGAGAUUUGGGAUGCCGCCGAGGGUGUCGACGCGCCCGAGACUGAGAAGAAGGACGACACGGCUACUAGUGGCUACUUUUACGAGCUCCCGGCCAGCGGCGCCAGCAGUUCGCAGGUUGUCCAGAACAUGACCUCUGGCAUUGCCGGCCUGCUGUCUGCCUUCCCCGCCGACAAGCGUCCCACCGCUGCGGACGUCGUGGGCAGCACUGUCCGCAUUGACUCUCCUUUCGGCAUGACUAUUGCCGUCGCCAGUGUCUGGACUGGUGCCGGUUUCCGUCUCAUUGGACCCGCCGCCGGCCGCUUUGACGCUGCCUGUGACCCUGCCGAUGAGCUCGCAGCUCUUGCUGCUGAAGGCGGCGACCAGCCUCUCCCUUCUGUUCUCUUCCUCUCUGCUGCUCACCACUAUGCUCUCGUCACGCGUCUGCACGAUGGCUUCCUUGCGCACCCGUUCGCGUCCAUGGCUGCCCGCCACCGCCUCCGUUCGCUCCAGCAGGGCCACGUUGAGCGCGGCGGUAUCAUGGAGAAGCUGGUUUGGAACAACAUUCGCAAGGACGCCAUCGGCGGUAUCGCCGGCGACGCGCUGCGUGCCGUUAUUGUCGUUGGAGACGCGCCUUCCCCCCAGACCGUGGCGCUCUCGCACGCGCUCCUCUCUCUCCCUCUCACACGUCUGCACUCGACCUUCCUCUCCGCGGGCCCCGUCUUCGUUUCGCACUUUUACGACCUCCAGGGCCCCUUGCCGGACAUUUUCUCCAAGUCGUUUGACCCCUCGAACUCGCACUCUGGCCCGCCUGCGUCCAACAUUGAGGUCGUGCUCCGCGGUCCCGAGACGGAGCCCGUCCAGGACGACGAGGGCAAGCCGUACCAGGGCCGCGUGUGGGUGCGUGGACCUGGCGUCCUUGAGCCUGUUGGCGUGACGCUCGUGGAGGGUUGGGUGGACACGGGCGAUAACGCCGCCGUUGGCACAAACGGCACGUUUGUGAUCGAGUCUCUGACAAUGAAGUCGUAG